GCUGCUCCCAUCCAAGAGGAGGCAGAGUUUGGGAACGCAGAGUUUGGGAAGGAGCUGCAGCCUGGUGGGGGCAGCCAGUCCAAGCACGGAGAACACUUUUCCAAACCCUACUGUGCCGGGCCAGGAAGAUGCUCCUUUGCGCUUGCUUGAGUCUGGUGAUUACAGGUCUGAGCUUCAAAGCGUGUUACAAACCUGGCUAAUUGCUGGCCUGGGGGAGCUGGGCGAGCAGGCCAGCCCACCUGCGUGGACACGCCAGGGGCCGCGGGCCUCACCUGGGGCUGGGACUUCCGGCCUGGAGCCGGGAGCCCUGGUGUGGCUGCCCGGUUCCUUCUGGCUCCUCCGGGAGACGUACGGUAGGGAGCUCGGAGGAGGGGCCACCCGGGCGGGAGCUGCGGCCCUUGCCCUUGCGGUUGGGGCGCUGCCGCCUCCUCCCCCGGGGCCCGCGUCGGAUCGGUCAGGUGGAAACCUCCGCAUUCAAACCGGCGCGGGCCAAUCAGGGCCCGGCGCGCCGGCUCAUUCAUUCAAACGCUCGCCGCAGCCAGCCUCCCGCUCCCGCCUCCGGGACACCGGCGCGGGGCGGGGGCGGGUGAACCUGCUGCCUCGGUUACAGGGGAGCAACACAGCCGCCUCAGGUUGCAGGCGGUCCUGGCCGGCUGCGGCGGGCGGGGCGGCCAUGGAGCGCUCCCUGCACCGUGUCUCCCUCGGGAGCCGGCGUGCCCACCCAGACUUGUCCUUCUACCUCACCACCUUUGGUCAGCUGAAGCUGUCAAUCGACGCCCAGGACCGGGUUCUGCUGCUCCACAUUAUAGAAGGAAAAGGCCUGAUGAGCAGAGACACUGGCAUCUGUGAUCCCUACGUGAAGAUUUCUCUGAUCCCUGAAGAUAACCGACUUCGUCGCCAGAAGACACAGACCGUCCCAGACUGCAGAGAGCCGGUCUUCCGUGAGCACUUCUUCUUUCCUGUCCAAGAGGAAGAUGAACAGAAGCGCCUUCUGGUCACUGUGUGGAAUAGGGCGGGUGACUCCAGACAGAACGGACUCAUUGGCUGCAUGAGCUUUGGGGUGAAGUCCCUCCUGACUCCGGACAAGGAAGUCAGCGGCUGGUACUACCUUCUGGGGGAAGACCUGGGCCGGACCAAGCACCUGAAGGUGGCCCGGCGGCGGCGGCUGCAGCCCCUGAGAGACCCGCUGCUGAGAACACCAGGAGGUGGGGACACUGAGAACAGGGAGAAACUCAAGAUCACCAUCCCGAGGGGGAAGGACGGCUUUGGCUUCACCAUCUGCUGUGACUCUCCGGUUCGAGUCCAGGCUGUGGAUUCUGGAGGUCCGGCGGAGCGGGCAGGCCUACAACAGCUGGACACGGUGCUCCAGCUCAACGAGAGGCCUGUGGAGCACUGGAAAUGCGUGGAGCUGGCCCAUGAGAUCCGGAGCUGUCCCAGUGAGAUCAUUCUGCUCGUGUGGCGCAUGGUCCCCCAGGUCAAGCCUGGACCAGACGGCGGGGUCCUGCGGCGGGCCUCCUGCAAGUCGACGCAUGACCUCCAAUCACCCCCCAACAAGCGGGAGAAGAACUGCACCCAUGGGGCCCAGGCACGGCCCGAGCAGCGCCACAGCUGCCACCUGGUGUGUGACAGCUCCGACGGGCUGCUCCUCGGGGGCUGGGAACGCUACACAGAGGUGGCCAAGCAUGGGGGCCAGCAUACCCUGCCCGCGCUGUCCCGUGCCACCACCUCCACUGACCCCAACUACAUCAUCCUGGCCCCACUGAACCCUGGGAGCCAGCUGCUGCGGCCUGUGUACCAGGAGGAUGCCAUCCCCGAAGAAUCUGGCAGUCCCAGUAAAGGGAAGUCCUACACAGGCCUGGGGAAGAAGUCCCGGCUGAUGAAGACAGUGCAGACCGUGAAGGGCCACGCCAACUACCAGAACUGCCCGGUCAUGAGGCCGCACACCCCACAUUCAAGCUAUGGGACCUAUGUCACUCUGGCCCCCAAGGUCCUGGUGUUCCCGGUCUUUGUUCAGCCUUUAGAUCUCUGUAACCCUGCCCGGACUCUUCUGUUGUCCGAGGAGCUGCUGCUGUACGAGGGGAGGAACAAGGCCAUCGAGGUGACGCUUUUUGCCUACUCCGACCUGCUGCUCUUCACCAAGGAGGACGAGCCGGGCCGCUGCGACGUCCUGAGGAACCCCCUCUACCUCCAGAGCGUGAAGCUGCAGGAAGGUUCUUCAGAAGACCUGAAGUUCUGUGUGCUGUAUCUAGCAGAGAAGGCAGAGUGCUUAUUCACUUUGGAAGCGCACUCACAGGAGCAGAAGAAGAGAGUGUGCUGGUGCCUGUCGGAGAACAUCGCUAAGCAGCAACAGCUCACGGCUUCGCCCCCGGAGCGCAAGAAACUCCACCCCUAUGGCUCCCUCCAGCAGGAGAUGGGGGCGGCCAACUCAACCAAUGCUACCCAGGAUAGAAGCUUUACCUCAUCAGGACAGACUCUGAUUGGCUGAGCAAACCCAAGGGCGGGACUCUGCUUCUGGCAACUUAACCCUUUCUUGGGCAUCCCCUACCACACAGUAACCUCACCUCAACUGGAUCCAAAACGGAGGACCAAGAUGGUGGGCCUAGGGUCAUCUGAAGGGAGUGGCCCCACGGGUGUGUGUGUGGACUGGCUUCAGAAGGACCACAGUGGUGUGAGAGGCUCUGUGGGCACGUGCCGACUGGCAUCAGAAAGUCCCAGAUGGAGAAGACUCCCAACUUUUUCUCUACGAGGAGAAAGGAGAAGAAAGAGCAUCUGGGCUUCCCGUGGUGCCAGUGCCUGCUUUGGGGGCACAGGAGAGGUUGGCGGAGGUCAGCCCUGCUGGAGAGCAAGGUCAUCAGCCUCCGCUGCCAGAAGACAUCUCUAAGCAAUCACUUCUUCAUCCGUUCUCAUUCAUUCAUUCCUUCAUCCGGCAGAUAUUUUAUGCCAGGCUCUAGGCUAGGAGCUGGGGAUUCUGUGGAGAAGGAGGUGGAUAUGGUCUCUGCUCUUAUCAAGAUACCAGUCCUAGUAGGGGAGUGAGCGUUAAAUAGAUACACACACACACACACACACACACACACGCAUGCACAAGAUGACAAACUGAUCAUACAUGAAGAAAAGGAUUCCUUUAAGAGAGAAUAUUACUUAGAUUGCUAUGGGGGGUGGGGUCAGUGGGUAGGGAAUAUAAUAACUUUAAAGUUGAGACCUGCAGGCCAGAAAGGAGUUAGCCAGUCAAGGAUUUUGGAAGCAGUGUUCCAGGCAAAUGGAACAGCCUGGGGACAGUACCUGAGAUGGGAAAGACCUUGGCCUGCUGGGGCUGGCAAAGGCUAGUGUGGCUGGAACUGCGUGAGGAGGCAGACCAGGAGGGUGGGUGGGGCCAGAUCACGCAGGGCCACGGUGGUUAAUGUUUUGCUGAUGUCACUCUAGAUACAGUGGGAAGCCACUGAAGGCUUUCAAGAGAGGGACAGCCUCAGGUACAUUUCUAGAAGAGCAGAGAGCCCAAGGAGGCACCCAAGUGGGUAUAAAGGGAUCACAUACGGGGUCCGUUCAGUCUUCUGGGUGAAUAGCUGUGGUGGCCUGUCCUGGGUAAUCUGGGGAGGUAGAUAUGUGACUUUCCAGACGUUGGGAUACAGUAGAGGCUCUGGGCUGAGAGGAGAGAAUUCCCUGGCCCCCAUCCGCCUUUGUUCUCCACUUUGUCUUGUUCUCUCAGUGAUGCAAGUGAGCCCUGGAGCCUUCUUCACAGAGCCUCCUCCUGGCUGCGCCUGGGUGGGCAAAGUGCUGAGUUCUAGCAAUGGCCCUGGAAGGUGGGAACAGCUGGGGCUUCGCCUGGCCCAGGUGGGAAAGUUCACAGCCCCCAGGCCUCAGUAGAGAUUGCCCAUCCUGUGCUGAAUGGCCCAACAGGAAGUUGGGACACAGUCCUCUAGAAACAGAUUGGUUUGCUUUCUGCAGAGCGCCCAAGGUUCAGGGACUGGGGCUAGGUGUGGCUUAGCUAAAGGAAGACCAAUUGGGGGAGAGUGAUUAGAGCCCAGCCUGGUCACAGCCUGGAGUUCAGGCUUGGACAGCUCUCCUACCCUUCUUUAACUGCCAAGACCUAGAGGGAGGGAAGCCAGAGGUCACAGGUCUGAGUAACACAGGUCGGACACAAGAGGUAUAUAUAGGACCACAUUCACUUGCAUAGAAAAAGGGGAUCAAAGAGGCUGGAGAGAUGGCUCAGGCCAGAGAAGCCCCUGGACCUUGGAUGGUCUCUGCCUCGUGUCCUGUAAGAGCUCAGUGUCUUUAGAGAGGGCUCUUAUGCCUGGUGAGGUUAUUUAGCUGCCGUGGCCACUUGAACUCCACGAAGGAUGGCCCAGAAGGGAAUGCUAUAUCCCUCACCUCCCAUGUAGGCAAGAUCAGACACCUCCUGAAGAGGGGACGGCAUGUAUCUGCCAGUGACCGUGCUGAUGUCCCAGCCCAGCAGGGGAACAGGCCCGUGUCUGGGGGCCUAGACUCUGCCCGCAGGGUUCAUUCUGAGAGGCUGAGCAGCUGCCUCGGCAGAGACAGCAAGCUGCGCUUGGAUUUCAUUUGAUUCCCUUAUAAAAUGACAUUAAGGGGAAUGCGAGGCCCGGGAGGAUCGCCUGUCUGGAAAGGCAGCAAGCUCGACUCUCCAGGACCUGGUGACCAACCUCCGCCCCCCAGACUGUUGCCGAGGACAGGAGCUCUGGCUACCAGGAAAUGGAGAAUCAGAACACAACCCGGAGCCCUGGGGACAGGGCUUUCCUCCCAGCUUGUCCCCGACAACCUGCCGACUUGACUGGUGCUCCCAUUGGGGUCCUAGGCCCAGCCGGCCGCUGAGGGAGCAAACAUCAGCUCCUGGAGGGCCUGGGCCCGUCCAUCUGGGGACCGUGGGGAGCCACAGCACCACUGAGGCUCUGCCUCUCAGAUGGAUGAAACAAUGCCCUGGGCUCCACGGGCUCGAGAAGAUGAAACAUGACCGAGCGGCUGCCGCUCUUCAGCGUCCCUGGCCGUCCCAGCGAGGGAUGAUGGACAUGCUAUGGAAAUGGCAUCUGAGAGUCAUAAUCACGGGAAACAUGGCUGGGCCCCGCCCUCCACAUAAAUCAUGCUAAGAAGCCUACACAAUGGUCUCUUUCCUGAUGGUCCAAUUGUCUUCAUUUGGUGUCUGGGGCCUGGGAGCCGGGAGGAUGGGAGCAAACCAUUUAUUGUUAAAAAGGCCAUCUGUGCGAUUUGAAUACAAAGUGAUCCUUUAAGUUCUCCUCACACCCUCAGAUCCCGUGUUUUCUGAGUUCUCAGGCGCUGGGUCUUUUGAAACUCUGUCUCUCCUGGAAGGAGCCAUGCCGGGUCUCAGCUGGCCUGGCCUUUUGACCCUUUGGGAGCUGGGACCUGUUGGAAAUAAGGACAUUUCUUUAUGUAUGUCCUGUCUAUUUUUUUUUUUAAUCUUUUAUUUAAACAUUUUUCAUCCACCAAAGCCCGCCUUUCUCACACAUAGCCCCAGGUGGGGUUUGCAGAGGGAGGGUGGAGGCUGUCCCUGGGAGGGUUCCUCACAGGGACAGCGGGGCCUUCCGGGGUGGCAGCCAGGGUCCCCAGGCAUUAUCUCCCCAGACCACCAGCAGCCUCGCUGUACGGGUAAAAGGGCCUGGGACUCAGAGAAGCUAAAUGAUUAAUCCCAGGUCACACGGCUGACAAGAGGCUGAGCUGGUCUUCAAGCCAGGGCCUUUCCAUCUGACCCACUGCUCGUCCCAGAUGCAGAGGCUUGCUCUUUGCGGGCGGAAGCAGAGAAAUCAAUCAUCUCCUUCUGGAAGAGGGAGGAGGAUGAUAUCGUGCGUGUGGAAGCCGUGGCCCUUUCAGCUCUAGAGGAGAUGCCUUAGGAUAAAUGAAUGUCUUGUUCUCCGCACAGUGGAGACUAAGCUCCCAGAGUUCAUGUGUCCGAGGGGUAGCCCAGAAAAGCGCAAGAGCUUCACACCAGAUUUGAUAUGAAGGACAAGGGAGAGUUCCUGAAGGCAGGCUGUCAGGGGGCGCUGGAACGGUCGCUGAAUGGCCCUUUCCCUUUCGACUCUGGCAUUCUAGAGGAUCAGCAGACACAGUACUGGGUACUCAGCAGCAAUGGAACUGGGGCCAAAGGCAGAAGGGGAUAGCUGCAGGUUUAGGGCCUGAGUCCUGGAAAUAGGCCUUUGGCCCGGGCCCCGUCAAGGGCAGGGAAAGAGUCGGCUCUGCACUCUGGGCCCAGAUUUUGCUAAUUGACUAGUUCUAAAUCUCAACUCCAAGUGACUGGGAAUCAGCUGGACUGGAUUUCAGACACUCCCCCUAAGAAGCAGGCUCUUUUCCCUAAACGGCUCAAGUGUUUUCCAGUCUCUGCAGCCUUCUCCUCUCCCCGGCUUGCUGCCCAUCUGGCUCUGGACAGACUGCCGGCUUCACCAUCUUGCUCUUCUCCUCUGCCAUGGUGGUCUUCUUGUUUUAGCUCUUUUUUUUUUUUUAAGA